CCACCCAAUAAGAACCCUCCCUUUCCUCUCUCUCUUCUUCCUUUUCUCUCUGUAACCCGAGACCUCUUUCUCAUUCACUGCAACAUACACACAUGCACACCGAACCACCAUUAUCGUGAGCUCCACCACCGUGGUUCAUUCUCCGGUGGCCUCAUUACCCUCGAGUCCCCUCUAUCUCGAAACAAAACCUGGCAGAGGUCCCUCCUCUUUUUUCUUUCCAUGCAUCAUGGAACCACCAUUGUUCCCGAAGCUUUUCCGACGAGUUCUUGUCGUUCAUGGCUUAGCACAGGAAACUCGAAGGGGGGAGAUUGCUCAAUUUUCUAGCCAAGGAACCGUGACCAUUUGGUCACUUUCAGCUCAUUUUUUCGACCAACCUCGACCACAACUGGACUCCUAAUAGCAUUGAAUUUGGUUGAGAAUCGAGCUCGAUAUGAGCUCGGGAAGUUGAACCUUCAACCUGUAAAACACAGGAGCCCGUGAAGAAGGCGAGUAUGUUUGUACUCGUGACGCAUAGGUAGCUCCCCUGUGCUCGGCGCGUGGGCGCGUGGCUACCUGUGCACCCACUUGUGGCGGCGCGUGGGCACGUGGCUACCUGUGCACCCACUUGUGGCAGCGCAUGACGGUGUGUCCAGCCUCUGGCUGGCAUGUGGUCGACGUGUGUGGGUCCAUGGCGUCGAGUAGAUCAUUUUCGAAACGUAUCCCGAGGGCGUACGGGAUCAAGCAAGGUUCGGAGGCUUCAUUUCGACUGCGUAUCUGUUUAAUAGCUGUGCUAAGUGUAAACGAGGACUCUGGCAAAUCUCAGGAGAUGGUUACCUUCAGUGCAUUUCUUCAAUUCGUAAAACAAAUUGCAACAAACAAAACAACUCCAAAGCAAGGUCAAAUUGCAGAAAGAGACGUCAUGCAAGCUACGACAUAUUCGACUCGUAACAAUGAUUACGAGUAGAGCAGGUUGAUGCAGGCAGCAGCGGCUGCUGAACAACAAACGGAAUUGCAGGUUUCCAUUCAGGUUUAGAGGAACCAGAGGGACAUAUUCUCGUUCUGAGGGUUAAUUUCCGACAAUCGAAGUUGCGGUAGCACCUUUCUUGCAUCUCUAUGGCUUUGCCAUUGUAAAUUAUUAGAGGCAUUUAAUAAUCAUUCUAUUUUUAGUUUUUACUUUUUAGAAAACUGAA